UGGUGUGUGGUACCGCCAACCGCGAUGUUCGGUGUUGGCUAUAACACGGCCGCAUCAUAGUUACCGCCCCAGCCUACUCGAAUGCCCUGGUGCCUGGUGGUUCGUUUGGCACACACAACCGCUGCUGCGUUUGACAGCUGGAGGCUGGAAAUACUGUCGAUAGUGUUUUGUUUCCACUUAUUUCGCUAGUCGUAUUAUCAAUAUCGUGGUGUGUGUUAGUGGGUGGUUGUUGCUGCGAUGGAUUGUUUAGCUAAGUGUAGAAAGUGAGUGAAAAUUCCCUAGCGACCGCAACUUCAUCUCCGGUGACACACAGACCCGGGUACAUGGCGAGGAACAGCAGCACUGCCUACCAACGGAGCAAUAGCUAAUGGGUAGCUGGCUCAUAUAAAAGUGUACCAUAGUAGAGUGUGCGUGAGUGUGUAUGUGUGUAUAAUUUUUUUCCCGGAGCAAAAGGUGUCGAAUUUCAUUAUCACAUCCCGGAAGGAAGGAACGACACCUCAAUGGCUACUACGUGGGGAAUGCUUUUGCGGCAGUGUGAAAAGGUGCUUGUGGAGGCCGUGUGCUGAAAGAAACAGUGGAAAAUUCUCAUCCAAAGCCCAUUUAUCUGCGUGUGCGGUGCGUUUGUGGAAGUGACAUGAGAUGGUGCAGUGUGAAAUGAUUUGCCUACAGAAGGAGGAUGCCCGAUAGCAACGUCCGUGCGGUGUGUUGAUAGUUGCUUGGUCCCGGGAGGCCUAAACUGUGUGUUGUGUGUGAGUGUGUGUGUGUGUCGGUGGGUUGGUGUGUUUCUGCUGAACGAAUCAAUUGAAAAGGAUAAAGAAAACGGGGGUCGAAAGUCCCCUGUAUCAUCGGAAAGUGUGUUUGUGUGCGUGCGUUUGUGUAUAUCGGGUGUGUUAAUUUGUUUUACCUAUCGUCAGGAUACAGUCAAUAUUGCUUCUUCCGGUUGUAAACAUCGAAUUUUUAGAUAGGAAUACCAAAAUGAAUCUACAAACGCUGUUGAUAAGACUUUUAACACCAAUUCUAACAGUAAUCCCGAUGCUGCUGUGCAAUGCUCAGCAGAAGUUCCGCAUCGUACCGAGGGAUCUGCAGGUGCUGGAAGGUACGGAAGCGUUGCUGCGUUGCGAAAUCUACAAUCUGGUCGGUGCCGUCCAGUGGACAAAGGAUGGUUUUGCGCUCGGAUUUUCCCACACCAUACCGGGGUACCCGCGGUACUCGGUGCUGGCCGACCGGAAUCUCGGCAUCUACAAUCUACGAAUAUCGAACGCCUCGAUCGAGGACGAUGCCGAGUACCAGUGUCAGGUCGGACCGGCCAAAUUCAACUCCGCCAUCCGUGCCAACGCUCGGCUCACCGUGAUAUCGCCACCAUCGUCAAUCGAGAUACAGGGUCACAGUCGCAACGCCAAGGUGGAGGUCCGCGAGGGCCAGGACCUGACGCUGACCUGCGUAGUGUCGAAUGCAAAACCGGUCGCCCAGAUUGUAUGGUACCGGGGCAAAACGGAGUACAAAUCGGAUACGAUCGAGAAUAAGGUCACCGAGACGGAGGGUAAGCGAUACACCGUGUCGUCGCAGCUCCGCAUCAAGCCAACGUCCGAGGACGACUACAUGGAGUACACCUGCCAGGCGAAACACAAAGCCCUGCAACCGGAUCGUCCGAUGCAGACGAAGGUUCAGCUUUCGGUGCUGUAUCCACCGGGCGAACCACAAAUUGAAGGGUUUACGGCGGGUGAGGUGUUGCGGCGCGGUCAAAACGUGGAGCUUAUCUGUCGGAGCCGUGGCGGCAACCCGCCGGCCCAGCUGAUCUGGUACAAGAACGAUGUCCAGGUGCGGAUGGCGUACCGGACGACGGAUCGGCUGUCGGAAAACAUCUACUCGUUCGUGGCGGAGGAAGGCGACAAUAAGGCUCGGUUACGGUGCGAAGCUAACAAUAUAAUGAUAGCCGCACCGCUCAAGACCGAAAUUACGCUCAGCGUUUUGUUCGCUCCAACUCAGGUUACCAUUUCGGGUGCAUCGGAAGCGCGCACCGGCGAUGUGGUGUCGCUACAGUGCCAGACGGCUCCGUCAAACCCGCCGGCCGAGAUCAAGUGGAGUGUGAGUGGACAUCACGUGAAGAACACCACAUCUAGGACUAUCGAAAAUCCUGAUGGAGGAUGGAUCACGCUUUCUAACAUCUCAGUGCCGGUGGAGGCCAACAAACGAUCACUGGUUGUGAUCUGUCACGGGCUCAACAUGCAGCUGACGGAGAACGUUAUUGCCACGCAUACGGUUAAUGUUUUGUUGCCACCGAGUCAACCCGUCAUUACGGGGUACACCGAGGGAACGAUCAUUGCGGCUGGUUCGGUGCAGCGGCUCCAGUGCACGUCAACCGGCGGCAACCCGUUGGCAACGCUGACCUGGUACAAAAACGAUAAAAAGCUCAACACACCCACCAAAACGACGGACAAGUCGGUAUCGUCCGAAAUUUCGAUCCUGGUCAACGCGACGGAUAAUCAGGCCAAGUAUCGCUGCGAAGCGCACAACUCGGCCACCGAAAUUCCAAUGUCGGCCAGCCGUACCCUUGCCGUGAACUUCCCACCAGAGACGGUAAAAAUCAAAAUCAUUCCACCGGAGCUGAAGCCCGGCAUCGAGGCGACGCUGAUCUGUGACUCGAGCUCGAGCAAUCCGCCCGCCACGAUUUCGUGGUGGCGCGAUGGCAUCGCUGUGGACGGAAUGAACAAUUCGUCGAAACCGGGUCUAUGGGGCGGUACCGUAUCGUCGCUCGAGUUGAAGGUGAACAUCAGCCAGGACAUGGAUGGCAACGUGUACACGUGCCAGAGCGCCAACGAAGCGCUGCAGCGCAAUGUACACGAAGCCAUCAAGCUGCAGGUGCUAUAUCCGCCCAAGUUUAAGCCACCGCCAUCGUCGACCGUCGUCGGAGCGGAAGGUGAACCGCUGACCGUGGCCAUGGUCGCUACCGGAAAUCCGAUGUCGAUAUCGUACACCUGGACAAAGGAUGGUCUACCGAUCCUUUCAUCUGCCGGUGCCCAGCGAAUCGUCUCCGAGGGACCGAUCCUCAACAUUACCCGGCUCAACCGUAACGAUACCGGCAUCUACACUUGCGAAGCUGUCAACUCCCAAGGGUCGGCGAUGAUUAAUAUUUCCGUCGUAGUUGAGUAUGGCGCAUCGAUACAGUCAAUAUCGGAGAACGUUACGGUCAAUCCGGGCGAGGAAGCGAUGCUGUCGUGCACCGUUGAAGGAAAACCGCUUACGGAAGAACACAUACGGUGGGAGCGGAUCGGAUACGAUAUGACCAUCAAAACGUCCACCACGUUCGCGAACGGAACCAGCUAUCUGCACGUGAAAAACGCUCGCCGCGAGGAUGUGGGCAAUUUCCGCUGCAUCGCCGAUAAUCGCGUUGCCAAUCCGACCAGCCGGGACGUUCUGUUAAUUGUGAAGUUUGCACCGGAAAUUGACAAAUCGCCCGUAAUGUUGCGUGCGGCGGCCGGAUUCGGGGAGCGAGCGCGACUGCCCUGUCGGGCACAGGCAGCCCCACGGCCCAAAUUCUACUGGUCCCGGUCGGGCCAGGUGCUGAACGUAAAUCAGUCGGCCAAAUUCUACGUCGAGCACAAGCAGAUCGAUGCGCUGACGUACGAAUCGAUCCUGGUGGUGGAGCGGGUCGCUUCGAACGAUUACGGCCUGUACGAGUGCAUCGCGCGGAACGAGCUGGGCAAUGUGAAGGAGAAGGUACGACUGGACGUUACCUCACCGCCCGAUCCACCCGUCAGCCUGAACGUGCUGAACGUUACGCACGACUCGGUAACGCUCGCGUGGACGCCCGGCUUUGACGGUGGCAUGAAGGCGAACUACCGCAUCCGUUAUCGGGAGCUGAAUAGCGACCGGUACUGGUACGAGGACAGCCAGCCCAACUCGUACAAGCUGACGAUCGGUGGACUGCGGAUGAACACGCUGUACGUCUUCUCGAUAAUGGCAUCGAACGGGCUCGGUUCCAGCCGCUACCUGCCCGAUGUAACGCGUGCCCACACGAAAGAUACGCCACCAUCCCAGCCAGCCUCUUCGUUGGGCAGCAAAACGGCCACCUCGCAGUCGACCGGCGGCACAAUCGGUGCAUCCGGUAUCGUGCUGCUAAUCGGUGUCGCUGCCGGAAUCUGUCUCGUGCUACUCAACAUCAUUCUGAUUGGAUGCUGCAUCCAUCGGCGCACCGUCCACAAGCGCAUCAAGCGGGGCGAAACGCUGUCUAGUGUCUCGGAAAAGAGUGACGCUUACUCGACCGACGCUAAUCGUCCUGACUACACGGAUGACACUACCAGCAAAUCUGCUUCGACAUAUCUGGUAGAGAAUGGGGAUAUGCCACCGCCACGCUAUCAAAAGGAGGGCACGCUUCCCCCGUACCCUAACAAUAUCAAUGGAGCUUACGCACGUACCUUGCCCCAUCCCCGGCACAACCCAGUGAACUAUCAGCAGCGCAGCCACGACGAUCAGAUGAUCGAGCGCAGCAGCUACGUAACAGCUCCGUCCCCUGGACCACCGUUCGACGGGUCCUACUACAACAUGAACAGUGACCGCUACCUGUCCUACCCUCCAAUGCAGCAGGAUUAUUCGGCAAUGGAAAUGUCCACCCCGCCACCACCGGUAAUACCGGCACUGCCCAAGAAUACUGGCACGCUCACGCGCACAUCCCGUCCGAUGGUUCCACCGCCGGACGUUACCUACCACGCCCAGUCGGUAGUGAACGAAAGCUCCUCCUCGCCGCAGCACAUGAGCAGCAGCCUGAGCAACACGGUCCUCGGUCCGUCGCAAGCGCCCGUCCCGGCACCGAAACCGCUGCAGGGCAUACUGAAGGAUCCGAAGCGUAACAGCAGCGCCAGCAACAGCAGCCAGCACCAGCAGCUCCAGCACGGUGCUCAGCUGAUUGCGGUCCAGAACCCAUCGCCGGUACCGCUGGUAGGCGGUGUGCCCGGGCUGCCGCUCGUUGGCAGCACUUUCCUGGGCGCGGCAGUGGCGGGCAAUGGCCCGAACGGAGGCACCGGUGGGACUAGCAGCUUGGGCAACAGUUUACUGAUCGGUACGUACGAUCCGAGCAGUACCAACCUGAGCUCGUUCAAUGCGUCGUUCGGCUUCACGGAUGCGGAUGGACAUCUGGUGUAAAGUGUGGUGUUCGGAUAGCUAUUCCACAACUGCCAAAUAGCGGCGCGGAUGUAAUUUUCUCAAGAAUAAGAAGCGUGUUUGAACGCUGUGUUGACUGUGAUAAAACUUUGCUAGCAUAAUGUGUAAUUACGGUGUCGAGGUGUCUGAAGUUGUCGUGAUGCGAUGAGACGAGACCGCAAGCUGUUUAGAACGCCGCUCACUAUGCCACUCAUGUUGUCAAGUGUUUGAAAUGAGCUGCAAGUAAGCGCGAUUUUAUCGACAAAGUUCUAGAGCAGCGUGAACUGGAGCGUACUGGACCGAACAGCCCUUGGCGUUCUAUUCCCCCGUCUGUCUAGCGAUCACAUCUACGUUGCCCGGUUGUGAGAAAGUAUGAGAAAGUGAGACAGAGAAGUAGCACAUGGAUAUGGACAGAGCGAAGAAGGUUCUUAAAACCCAAUGUAAGUACAUUAAUUAAAAAAAAAACAAAUAAACAUUUAAAAGAAGGUUUAAAACAAAAUGCAAAACAAAUCAAGAAUCUCAAAUGCUACAAUCACUCGCGGGUUGCAGCGCUAAAUAUACAUACAUCUAUAAAUAUUACUAUAUAUAUAUAUAUAUACUUAUACAUAUUCAAACUUUCAAAGGUUCAUAUUCAUAUAUAAUGUAAAUUCGACAGAAAAAAAAAACAAAAAUGAAGGCAAGCUUGCAAGAGCAGCUUAAGACAGUUUGCAGGAAAAGUUAAAGGUAAUUAAAAAAACUAGGUGGCCAAUUGUUUGAAAAUCAAAACGGUGCAGGUAAACGUGUUGUUAAAAUGAAAAUGAUAAAACAAAAAAAAAAACAAUUCACAUCAAAACGAAAGCAUCUUUAACAGAUUAAUUUAACUUCAGAUUCAUCAAUCAAGCUUGCGAGAAAGUAAUGCUUGUGUCAAACGUGUAAUCAAAACUGCAGCAAAAACACAAACGCAAAACAAGAGCUAGAACAUCCAAAACUGAAUAAAUCAAUGGAACAAGAUAGUGAAACAAACAUUACAAUCGAAAUGUAAGCAGCUACAAAUAAUAAAGCCAGCCAAAUACAUGAAACAGCGAGAGCAGAACAGAAAAAGUGACAAAAUAACGCAGUGUACAAAGGAAACAUAAAUCAAAUUAAACAGGUUAAGGGGUUCAUGAGGUGUACAAAUAGGACGCAAGCAGGCAACAAACAAACAUAACAAAACAGCAACAAAAAAGGAAGGCUCGUUUUGAGCGAGAGUAAACAGAAGCGAAUAAGUAUGGAAAUAAAAAAAAAGAGAGAGCUAGCUAGCGUUUAAGAUGUAAGGUGUAGAAAAGGAAGAGAAAAACUCUUUAAAAACACAAACACAACAUCACAGUACUGAUUAAUACUUAUGAAGCUAAGUCUAAUUUUUAAAUUAAAACAGUAAACACUACUGAGCUAGUAAAAUUGCAAAACGAGAAAGAGGAAAAGAGAGGGAAAGAGAGGGAGAGAGAGAGAAAGAGAGAGAAAGAGAGGGGAAAAAGGGGAAGGAAGAAAGAAAACAAAAACAUGUAAAAAGAACGAAGUAAACACAAACGAAUCUCUGAUACCGAAUUAAAUACUCACAUCGUUAUAAUGGCUCCCGGGACGAUGGAACCAAGGUGGACAGAGAAGGAGUAAAAGCAUUAAACAAGGCCUGUAAAAAUAUUGUCCUCUUCAUCUGUCUGCACCCGUCGUUGCAAACCCGGGGCCGAUUCGCUAACGAAUACUUAUAAUUUAUUUCACACUCCGUAUCGUUGUACAAUAACUAGCUACUAUAAAUACGUGCUCUACGUUCGUUUUCUGUUCGUUCGUUAAUAGUGUAUAAUUUUACCUAGUGUGUCAAAAUGAAAAAGGAAAAUAACAAAACCAUUGCUGUAAUUAUUAUCGAAACAUUCGCAACACAAGCCCCCUUUUUACCGCUCUGAUCUGAUCUGAUUGAAUUCAUAACCAAAGGUAAAACCAGUGUACAGCGUGUGUCUGAGCGUGUGUAUGUGGGUGUGUGAGUGUGCGUGGGUCUGAACGUGCUGGCCAAAUGGUGGCCAAAUCGGACCACCCAACAGCCAAAUCACACCCGACACAAAUCUUCUUUAUGUCUAAGGCAUGUUUAGAAUUAUCUGUUCACAGUUACGAAUGCGACGCAUUGCGGCGAUGGUCAGUCUGAGGGUGAGUUUAGUGGAAUAGUUUUAUUUUCUACUUCAGGUAGUAAUGAUUAAGCAUUUAAAAUAAGUUAAUAAACUUCGAGAUUUUAUAAUUAAA